AUGGAAGAACUUGGUCUGUAUUCUCAUAUCAAUCUUGAAUCUUACUGUGUGAAAAAUGCACUUAGAGAAGCUUUGAACAAUUGCCAAAAGCAUGGGGUCGAGUCGUUGGAUUUGGAAACCAAAAAAUCUCUGGCCCUCUCUUUGACAUUGUGUGAGAUGGGAAAUUUGAGGUUAAAGCCUCCAGAAGUAUGUCAGAACCCUAUCAGUGUUAAUGACUGUAUAAGCUCGUUAGAGAAGGUUCCACAAUAUUGGACUCUUUUCAGUGGUAACUACAGGGAAAUUAGGAAGAUUUGUUUCGAGGAGUCCUUGCCUUUUGAAAAAGACCAGAUAUUAGAAGUGUAUAACAAUAUCACC